AUAUAAAAAGCAUAUGUUAAAUAAGAAGUAGCAUAUGUAGCUAGGGUAACUUCCUGUAAGAUUCAACUAUUCAUAAUAGUGUCAAUCCGAAGUUAGGAUAUACCAAAUUACAGUUACAAUUACAGUUCUAGCAGCAGCAGCAGCAGCAAUAGCCAUCAGAUUUUUUUUUCUUGAUUUUUAAUUUUGCGUACUAAGCAAUUAUUAAUAACUAACUACGAAUUGAUACUAUAUACAACUACAACAACUAAUCCCAUAAUCAUUGCAUUCCAUAAAGAGGAACAUGUACAUAUAUGACUGAACCAUCAACUACAGUGGCAUCACCUGCCUCUGACUCAUCAUCUACUACUACUCUCACAACCAACCUUUCAUCAAUACCGAGACGGUAUAUCACUGAUCCUAGACAAAUUGAUAUCAUAGCUGGAUUAUCAGCUGGAUUCAUGACAACAGUGAUUGGCCAUCCGUUAGAUUUAAUCAAGAUUCGAUUACAAUUAUCCCAUUUAAAUCCGACUCCAUCCUCAUCUAAAAAAGUCCGUUUUGAUUCUAUAAUUCAAGUGAUUCAAAAAAUCAAACAAGAUUCGAUCCUUGAUUGGGAAUUAUUUAAACAUAAAGGUGGCAUACUUAAUCGAUAUUAUCCUACUCAUGUUAUCAAACAAUUUUAUAGAGGGAUCGUACCUAAUUUAAUUGGGAAUGUUUCAGCUUGGUCGUUAUAUUUCACAUUAUAUUCUGAAUUUAAAACUAUAUUAGGAUCGAAUCAAUCAUCGAUCUAUUAUUUCACAGCUAGUUCUAUGGCAGGGAUAAGUACUUCAAUCAUAACUAAUCCUAUAUGGGUUUUAAAGACUCGAUUUUUAAGUAGUUCAAGUAAUGAGUUAGAAAGUUAUAAAUCAUUAUCCGAUGGAGUUCGAACUAUGUUACGGAAUGAAGGUAUUUUUAGUUUUUGGAAAGGGUUAAUUCCAAGUUUAGCUCUGAUUUUCCAAGCUAGUAUUCAAUUCACCAUUUAUGAUAAUUUAAAAUCGUAUGUUAAUAACGAUAAGAAACAUAAAUUGAAUGAUCAAUUAACUACUAUUCAAUAUAUUUAUUGUUCGGGGAUUUCGAAAAUCUUCAGUAUGAUAAUAAUGUAUCCUACUCAAGUUUUACGAUCACGAUUACAAAUUAUAAAAGGUGAUGCUAAGGCAUCGAUAUUUGAUGUGGCCAAGGAUCUUUAUGUGAAUGAAGGUGGAUUAAAAGGAUUUUAUAAAGGGUUAAGUGCUAAUAUUGUAAGAGUUGUUCCUGCUACAUGUGUUACAUUUGUAGUUUAUGAAAGUGUAAAGAAUUAUUUAAGUUAAAUUGAUAUAGACCUUGUAUUAUAGAGAAGAGUUAAUGUAUAUACAUAGAAGAUGGUGUUCAUUUGUAGGUAUAUGUCAUAUCAUAAGUGGUUGAAGUUAUGUCG